AUGACCGUUAUGGACACAGAUCCAAACGACAACGCUUCCUCUUUUCACGACCCUCUCUUUCCAUGGCUACUGUCGAUAAAAAACGCACUUGAUAGUAGCAUCUCUAGUGUGGAACUAAAAAAGAUUUUAUUAGACUGUAUUGGGACUUUCAAGCACAAUCCAAAGUAUAAAAAUGAUCCCAGAUUUCUCAAGAUUUGGCUUCUCUAUUUGGAAGGCAGUGAUGACUUUGAAAGUGUUUUUAAAGAAAUGGAGGAGAACAAUAUAUGCAGAAACAAUUCUUUGCUCUAUGAACUGUAUGCGGGAUUUCUUGAAGCAAAAGAGAAUUGGAAGGAAGCAUAUAUGGUUUAUCAAACUGGCAUUUUAAGGAAAGCAGAACCUCUUGAGAGGUUGAAGCGUGCACAAGUUUUGUUUCUUGACAGAUUGUCUUACAGGAUAAAUGCUUCUUUAAUUCAAAAGACUGAUUACAAUAAAUCCAUAGAGAUGGAAAAAAAUUGUAUUAAUCCAUGGUCAGCCUCCACCAUGAAAGAGUUGUUGGAGAGGAUAAAUCCUCAAAUCAUGAAAUAUGCUGGAUACCAUCCAAGUAAAAAAGCAUACUCUGGAGACGUGGGUUUAUCUUCUCUACAGAAUUUAUCAAGGAAUAAGAUUAUUAAAAUAGGUGGAAAGAAGUACGAGAUCAAAGGUUGUCCUGUUAAAGGUGGGUUUGCUCAAGUAUAUAAAGCAUAUGUCAACAGCAAUCCAGAUGAUGUUGUUGCAUUAAAGAUACAAAGGCCUCCUUUUCCUUGGGAAUUCCACAUGUACCGUCAACUUGAUCAACGGAUCCCAGACAAUCAAAGGUCAAGCUUCGGAUACGCACAUAGAGUGCAUUUGUUCUCCGAUUAUAGUAUACUUGUCUGUGACCAUCUAUCUCACGAGACACUUCAGGAUGUCAUAAAUUCUUAUGUGGUUCCUGGCAAGCCCAUGGACGAAGUGUUAUGUAUUUAUUACACCAUAGAGAUGCUGCACAUGCUGGAAACCUUGCAUGGAGUUGGCAUAAUCCAUGGUGACUUCAAGCCUGAUAAUCUGCUCGUUUGCUAUUCCAGGAGCAAUCUGACAGAAGAUGGGUUUAAAGACCGAAGUGGCCCUUGGAGAGAUCAGGGUCUUUGCCUUGUUGACUGGGGGAGGGGGAUAGACCUGCAUCUCUUUCCUGAUGGUACAGAAUUUGAGGGAGAUUGUCGGACUUCAGGAUUUCGUUGCGUUGAAAUGCAAGAGAAGAAGCCAUGGACAUUUCAGGUUGACACGUACGGCCUCUGUGUUAUAAUUCAUAUGAUGCUGCACCAUUCUUACAUGGAGAUUGUAAAGAAAGGAACAUCUGAUGGUGGCUACAUGUAUCAGCCGAAGGCUCCUUUCAAAAGAUAUUGGAAUGAUUUGUGGAAGGAUCUCUUCACAAAGCUGCUUAACAAUAACUGCAGCAAUGACUCUGAGUUGCUGAGGAACUUGAGAAAGAGCUUUGAGGAUCACUUGCACUCUGAUGAUAAACAUAUAAAGAAACUAAAGGAGUUGCUGGCUAAGCAAAGGCUCCUUUUCUGUUCUGCUUAG